AUGACUUUCAAUGCUUCACUCUCACUUCUCUCGACUCCCACUAUGUUUUCCUCCAGCAUCUCCACCACAGCUUCUCUUCUCCUGGGGCUCUGUUCGCGGCUCCUCCUCUCCACUCUCGGACAAACGAUCGCCUCCGACGUCGACCCAACGACAGCGUCUCCGGCUGUGACUAACUCCUCCCUGCUCCUCAACAGCACCGACACCAUGGAGAUGACCAUGACGAGACCAUGUGGCGCUGAGUUCAAACACUGGUGUAUGAACGGCGGCGAGUGCGUCUUCUCCCACGGCAGCGAGAAGCCGUUAUGCAAAUGCCCGGUGCCGUACGAGGACAGCCGCUGCACGACCAUCCAGUUACGCUCUUCUCAAGUUACCGAGAUCGAGAAGAUAAUAGGAAUCGCAAUCGGUGGCAUCAUGGUGGUCCUGGCUCUGCUCUUGGUCCUCUACUGCUGUUUCUAUAAGAGGUAA